AUGAACAAUGUCGAUUCAGUUGGUCCUCCAGAUCCAGUAUCAAAUUUGAGACCAAUUAAAUAUCAUAUACCAAAACACGAGUCUCUGGUGGAACGUCAAUUGCGACUUAAGCGAAUUGAAGUAGCAAAAUGGAAUCAUGAAUUUUGGACUAACCACAACCUGAGAUUUAUAAAAGAGAGAGAAGCUUAUAAAAAAUGUUUAUCCGACAAGGGCAUUUCAACAGCCACGGCCGAUCAAAUGUCUGAAUUUUACAAAGAUUUUUUAGACAGAAAUUGGAAAACACAUAUGACUUAUAACUUUGAAUGGUAUAAAAAAAAUAUAACAAUUGUACGUUUAAUGAUGAAUAAAAAUAUGUUCAAAGCAAUUCAGUGGAUUAAAAUAUUUAAGUUUUAA